AGCGACAUACUAACAUCUCAGUUUCCGUACUUUGAAGACCCAAUAGACUUGGUCAAUGCCGUGAUAUCGGUGCUCGCGACGCCGGAAGAGGUGACCAAUGUGUCACUCAAUUUUGCCAACGAUAAAAACUCCGCAAGCGAGGUUCAAGCAUACGCAAAAAUAUCUGGCAAUUCCUGGACGUACUACGUCAAGCAAUUGAGCGUGUCAAUCGGGCGUAACACCGAGAGUGCGGUGGGUCCUGCGAAUGUGGACCUGGUGGACAUCGACUUGGGACCCGCAAAGGUGGUGUCACGCGCGCACGCCGCUAUCAACUACAACCUUUCCACGCGCGUAUGGGAGUUGGUGGUGAGCGGCCGCAACGGUGCAAAGGUCGACGGCAACCGCGUGGGCAUCAACGAGCCGACCGCGUUGCAUUCCGGCGCGAUUGUCGACAUCGGCAGCACUCAGAUGAUGUUCAUCUUGCCGGACCUGACCCCGACCAUCGCGCCGCCAGUACUUGCGCAGCUCGCGCCGCGUUUGGGACCGCCACACAAGAAAACCGCCAACAGCAUGCGUAGUGGGAUGAUGAAGGGCAACCACUACAACCCCCUGUUGAUGAAGGGUUUCCAGUUGUUUGCCAAGGGCAACGCUGCUGCUAACACCAGUUCUAUCGACCAGGACCUUUCGCGCGACGAGAGCAAGGACACGAAGCCGCCAUACUCGUACGCAACAAUGAUCACGCAGUCGAUCUUGUCCAACCCCGAAGGCGCGUUGUCAUUAUCGGAAAUAUACGAGUGGAUCUCAUCACGCUACGCGUUCUACCGCCACUCCAAGACCGGCUGGCAGAACUCCAUCCGACACAACCUCUCGCUUAACAAGGCGUUCGAGAAGGUGCCACGCAAGCCGAACGAGCCGGGUAAAGGCAUGAAGUGGCAGAUCAGUGACUCCUACAAGGAAGAGUUCUUGAACAAACUCGAGGACGGCAGUCUCUCAAAGGCCAGACGGGGAAGUUCUGUCAGCAGACAGUUGCAGUUGCAUUUGUCGAACCACAACCACCUCCCAGGCGAGAAAAAG